AUGGGCCUCCUGCGCGUACUCGGUGCCUUCAGCCCGGACCUGGUGCGCUUCGGCAAAGGAUUUGAAGUCCGCUCGGCUACUGUAGAUCAGUUUCAUUGGAGCUAUUUGAUUCGACCUGCGGUCAACCCCGAGAGUCGAGAAAUUGUCGUGUUCUUGCAUGGACUAGGGUCCUCGAAAGAGGCCUGGAUUCGAGUGUCCAGCGGUCUUAGCAAGGACUUUCAUGUCGUGAUCCCCGAUAUUCCAGGUCACGGGAAGACGACCCCACUGGACCCGCUCAUGAAUUUUGCUGCUGACCGACAAACCCGACGACUGCACGAAUUUUUCGAGUCAGAGCUAUAUCCGAACAACAAAGUGCAUCUAGUCGGUACUUGCAUGGGUGCCACCAUUGCGGGAGUCUAUGCUGCAAUGCACCCGACACGGGUCAAGUCGCUCACCAUGAUGUGCCCCUGGGGCAUAUCGAUGCCAACGGUGAGCGUCAUGCACAGUGACAUUGAUGAUCUGGGCAAAACGACAUUGCAUAGUCCAACAGAAACUUUGACAAGUGAAGUGGGCGAAUGGCGUGACUGCAUUUCCAGCACUGCAAACGUCGUGCACGCACCCCGUGUGCUUCGUGCACUUGCGAUAUCGAAGCGAGGGCACGCAUGGGGAGUGCUGCAGAAGGUGGUGGUAAACAUGCUUGCUCGCCCAACGAUUCUAGAAGACGAACUUCACAGCAUCCGAGCCAGAACUAUGGUGGUAUGGGGAAACCGGGACGAAGUCACGGAUGUGUCGUGCUUAACCGUGAUUGACGACAAGCUUAACGUCACACGGAAACACGUGCUUAUACUUGACAAAUGUGGGCACCUCAUCCCAAGCGAGAAGCCAGUCGAGUGUAUUGAUGUGCUCAACAAGUUCCUAGCCGACGAAGAACUCAGUUAUACAUUUGCGCUUGCAAAACAAGAGCUUUUCAGCCACCUUUGCAAGAGUGGACAAGUAGAAUUGGAGCUACACCCAGAGAUCGGGGAAGGACAAAAAAUGCGCAAACGUUGUUGUGUUCUUGCACGGCUACAGUCCUAUGAAGGAGUCGUGGGUGCGAGUCGCUUGAGGAACUGA